AAAAUCUCAGUUUUCAAUUUUCUUCCUUUCCCUUUUUUGACUAUGGCAAAAACAUCAUACAAAGAUCCAAAUAUAUAAAUAAAUUUACAAUCUUUUUAAAUUGAAAACCCAUAAAUUUUUAACCUUUACUACUAUUUAUUUAUUUAUUUUGCACUUCAUGCUCAAACAAACAAACGGGCACACCGCUUUAUUGGCUGUGUGUGUCCUGUUUUUACAGAUCUCAUACCUCUCCCCUGAGCAUUCUUGCCAGAGAUUCUUUGUAUGUCCUCUCCUUCUCUUUAGUUUCUCUUUCUUGAGCUUAUUGAGUUAUUGUCUCUCUAACACAAGCUCCGUUGCUUAGUGGGUUUUUCGACUAUCGUUUUCAGUGAAAAGGAACACUUCUUCUCGUGAAGUGCAUGUGAAGUUGGUGGCUGAGGAGUGGGACUAAUGAGAGAUAGAUAGCUAGAGAGAGAUCUAAUCUGGUGGCGUUAAUGAUCCAAACGGGUCGUUUUUGCUUUUUGUGUAUUUUCAGUGAAGCUGGGAGGUUUUGGUUUGGGACGGAAAUAGUGCAGUUUGAGCUUCAAUAAAAGCUUGAGAUUUUGAAUUUAGUUUCAUGGGUUUUGGGUAGUGCUGCGUUUCUUUAGCUUGGUACUGAUGGGUUUAUGCCCUUCAGAGGAAAAUGAAGAUUAUUGUGAACAAUAUUUUUUUACUUGGGGGGAUUUGGGGAUGUGUGGCGUAAUUAUUGCAAAAAAGGUUAUCAGUUUUGCAAAUAAAUGCACUUUCGUUGAUGGAAGAUCUAUGAUCGCUUGAAUUUUGGCGUUUAUUGUGACUACUUGCUUAAUUUUGAAGAUUCUGGCUGAUGACUGGUUGGGGGAAGAUGCAAUAUAAUUUGAUAGGUUUAGUUAAGUUGAAAGAGAUACUGCUAUCAUAUGCAUUUAGUUUCUGAUCAUGACCAAGGCUGUCCGCAAUAGGAUUCUCAAGGAUGCAAAUGGUCAUAUCAGUGAUCAUCUUCGCAACCACAUCCAUUUAACCAACUGCAUUCAUCUGAAAAACCAUAUGCAUAAGCAAAGCCCUGUACUGGCUGAUAGGUCACUGAUGAGGGACCUUAUAGUUCUUCAGCGGUCCCGGUCAUUGAGGGACCCUUCUGCCAGUCCUCCUUCGUGGCAUUCACCCUCUGUUGUUGAUUUGCUUCCUAAGAAAGGUGACAAGGAUGACACAGUUAUGGAGGGUAGAAGGUCAGUUGGCAUUGAACGUCGAAGGGAAGGUAGGAGGUUGUCAGGUGGCUCACCAACCCUUGCGGGUUUAGCAUCAUCAAAGGUCGUUCCUGGUGAGCUUACUGGGGGAAAUGAUGGAGUGCUAGCUUUUAGUGAUCGCAGUAGCAAGAGUGGAGUGAAGGAUGGUAGGAGAAUUAAGAGAGAAGAAUCUAGUAGAAAGAGCAUUAGGGCUGAUCUUUUGGGUGGUAAUGAAGACCCUUUACGAGAUGAAGAUGUCAAUGGUUUGGUUAAUGAUGCUGUUCCUGGGAGUUCAGAAUCUAAACCUAGAAAGAGUAAACAAAAGGGGAAGCAUAGUCAAGGUUCCCAUAUUAAGACCCUUUCUGAGCAGCUGAAUGAGGUUCCAAUGGAUAGUGAUGUAGCUUCUUCUAACAUCCAACUUCGUGGAAGACGGCCUCGACAUGGAAAAAUUGGUGAGGAACCUGAGACCAGCAUUCGUGGUUCAAGCGGAUUAAAUAGGGUGAAAAGGCGGAAGUUUAGAGAUGCCAGAAGAACUAGGGCUACUCCAUCCUCUAGAGAUAUUGGGGGUCAGAAUGAAAUGUCUGUUGCUUCCAAUUCUUUGGCUCAAGGGUCAUCAAGACCAAGGCAUCGCAUGGAGGAAGAAGAAGAAUAUGGGGAUGAAAAUGUGACAAGAGCUCCUAGAAAUGGAUGUGGGAUUCCAUGGAAUUGGUCAAGAAUUCAUCACAGAGGUAAAACAUUCCUUGACAUGGCUGGUAGGAGUUUGUCCUGUGGUCUGUCAGACUCAAGAUUGAGGAAAGGUGGCAUGGCUUCCCAGGAGAGAGAUGGUCCUAAUUUUCCUGUGGCAUCUGACCAUUCAAGUUCAUCUACUAAGUCUGAUGCAGAGGUGCUGCCUCUAUUAGUUGAGGCGUCUGGAUCCCUAGAAAGCACUGAUUAUGCUGGUUGGGUGCAUGACUAUUCUGGAGAGCUAGGUAUAUAUGCUGACCAUUUACUUAAAAAUGAUGUUGAUUCUGACCUUGCUUCUGAAGCUAGGUCUGGUGAUCGACACAAACUUGGGCGGAACCACAAUAGCAGGCACCAAAAUUUGACUCAAAAAUACAUGCCAAGAACUUUUAGAGAUUUAGUAGGACAGAAUCUGGUAGCACAAGCUCUUUCCAAUGCGGUAAUGAGAAGAAAGGUUGGGCUGCUAUAUGUGUUUUAUGGGCCUCAUGGUACGGGAAAAACCUCAUGUGCUCGCAUAUUUGCCAGGGCUUUGAAUUGUCAAUCUCUGGAACAUUCCAAACCUUGUGGCUAUUGCAAUGCUUGCAUUGCGCAUGACAUGGGUAAGAGUCGAAACAUAAGGGAAGUUGGUCCAGUCAGUAAUUUUGAUUUUGAAAGUAUUAUGGAUCUGCUCGACAACAUGAUUAUUUCCCACCUGCCAUCACAGUACAGAGUUUUUAUUUUUGAUGACUGUGAUACUCUGUCACCUGAUUGCUGGAGUGCUGUGUCAAAGGUCAUUGAUAGAGCACCUAGACGAGUGGUUUUUAUCCUUGUCAGCUCAAGUCUUGAUGUUUUGCCUCAUAUAAUUAUAUCCAGGUGCCAGAAAUUCUUUUUCCCGAAGCUGAAAGAUGCAGAUAUUAUUUACACUUUGCAGUGGAUUGCAUCCAAAGAAGAUAUAGAUAUCGAUAAGGAUGCACUAAAACUUAUUGCAUCACGAUCAGAUGGAUCAUUGAGGGAUGCUGAGAUGACUCUAGAACAGCUGAGUUUACUUGGUCUGAAGAUAUCUGUUCCUCUGGUUCAGGAACUGGUUGGGCUUAUUUCUGAUGAAAAGUUGGUCGAUCUUCUUGAUUUAGCAUUAUCUGCAGACACAGUGAACACUGUUAAGAAUUUGAGAAUAAUAAUGGAAACUGGUGUGGAGCCAUUGGCUUUAAUGUCGCAGCUUGCUACAGUUAUUACUGAUAUUUUAGCUGGUAGUUAUGAUUUCACAAAAGAGAGGCGUAGGAGGAAGUUUUUCCGAAGAAAACCAUUGUCCAAGGAAGAUAUGGAAAAACUACGCCAAGCCCUGAAAACUUUAUCGGAGGCUGAAAAACAACUUAGAAUGUCAAAUGACAAAAUAACAUGGCUAACAGCUGCAUUGCUUCAACUUGCUCCUGAUCAACAGUAUAUGUUGCCUAGUUCAUCUACAGAAACUAGUUUUAAUCAUAGCCCUCCCACCAUAAAUCACCCAAACGGAAGAGAUAUAGGCAUGAAAAGUGGUGAGCAUACUGACAUGUUCAAUAAAGAUAGAGGCUUGUCAACACAAAGUAGGUUGGAAAAUCUCCCUGCUGGAAAUUCUGGUGAUUUCCAUAUCAAUGGUGUAUCAAAUGGUAUUAAUGUGGAUAGGAGACGAAAUGCAGGGGCUGGGAUGACUCCCCAGAGGACAUCAGCGCUAUCUUCUGAUAUGGUUAGGGUGAGCGGCAGGCAGAUUUCAGGCAAAAGCCGUAAGGGCUAUGAAGAAAUUUGGUUGGAAGUACUUGGGAAAAUUCAGUUUAACAGUAUAAGAGAGUUCUUGUAUCAGGAAGGAAAGCUCAUCUCUGUCAGUUUUGGUGCAGUUUUUCUUUUUGCAGCUCCAACUGUGCAGUUAAUGUUCAGUUCACAUCCCACCAAAUCGAAGGCAGAGAAGUUUAAGGCACAUAUUUUACAAGCAUUUGAGUCUGUUCUUGGGUCACCGGUUACCAUUGAAAUCAGAUGUGAAUCAAAUCAAGGUGGAGGGCCCCUUAUAUUACCAGUUUCUAGGAAUGCUUCAUCCCAGAUGGCUGCAGAGCCAGAGGCCACUAUUGCAACCAGAAUGCCUAGGACAGGAGAAUCUCUUGAUGCAGGGAGGAGUGAAAUUGUUGAAAUACCAGCUUCUCCUAGGGAAGCCAAGGGUAAUGGGCAUGUUGAUUACAAUGCAGAAUCUAGUAAAAGAGGUUUGUCUAGAUUGAGGUCGGGAGAAUCAGCAGUUUCACAUAAGAAAUCUAGCAUGAGUCCUAUGUCGGAAAGAAGGAAACUUGGAGAGCAAAGUCAGAGUAAAAGCCUUGUGAGAAGCAAGGUUUCCCUUGCACAUGUAAUUCAGCAGGCAGAAGGAUGUACCCAACAAACUGGAUGGUCCAAACGUAAAGCAGUCUCUAUAGCAGAAAAGCUUGAACAAGAAAAUUUGAGACUGGAACCUAGAUCACGAAGCUUGUUAUGUUGGAAAGCAUCUAGAGUUACGCGUAGAAAGCUUUCUCGUUUGAAAAUUAGGACGCGAAGACCUCAUUCAUUGCUUAAGCUCGUUUCUUGUGGAAAGUGCCUCUCUUCUAAAUCUCCAAGGUAGAACAAGAAAGAAAAAUUUUCAAUGGCUUUUACAGAUUCAGAGUGCAACUUCUUCAUCUUUCUUUACUUCUGUAAUUAGACAUUUUCUUUCCAUUUAGUAGUUCAAAUUUAGCCGUUCAUAUAUUUUUCUUUUGAAUAAAUGUAGUAGUUACACUUCCGGUAAGAACGUAGGAAAGAAUUAUGUAGUGUAGCUUCAUUUAAAUGAAUUUCAUAUGUUUAUCCGAUCAUUUACAUUAAUGGCAUCAUCCCUUUUCUCCCUGA